AUGCGAGACCGCCUGCAAUUGAUCAUUGACUUCUUCCGCCAUUUAUAUCCUCUACCGUCAUACGCCUUUCUAAAUGAAGUCUCAAUAACUCAACGGUGUCUUGAUGGAAGCCUAGACGAGCCACUUCUUCUGGCCAUUUGCGCUGUAUCUUCAUUUCAUCUUCAGUACUCCAAGUACCACCCAGUUUCAACGUCGUCAUGGAUUCAGCGAGCAGAAGAUGUCAUCUGGUCUAAUAUUGAACAGCCAACGAUCUUUAGAACCCAGGCCCUGCUUCUGAUUGUCCACUACAGAAUCGACACUGGAUCGUUCCAGCGUGCUUAUAUGCUAUUCGGUAUCGCUGGCCGUGCAGCUAGUGCUCUGAGAUUGCAAUAUGAGAGGAUCGAUCUUGGACCUGUAGCACAAGAAAUUCGCCGAAGAUUAAUGUGGUGCAUGAUGCUUAUCAACGGUCGUUUCUCUAUUGGGCUUCCAGAAUCAGAAGUUUGCUCGCCAGACCUGAUCUACCUCAAAAUGCCAUGUGUCGAAGAGGAAUUUCACGCGGACAAGGAUUCCAUGGUUGACGAUGAACCCUUGACAUUGGAUGGAAUAUCUGAAAACGGGCUUCUCUCGACUCACAUCAAACAGACUACGAUCUUGCGCGAUGUCAUGAGGUUGACGCGACAAGCACGUCUCUCAUCUCAGCCUAUGCCACAACUCCCUGAUUUGGUCGACGAAUUUGUUAAGAUGCUACAACAACUUCAAAUUCCACAAUAUAGUUGCCAAGAACUGAAACGAUACGCGUCUUCUAGGUGGCUCACACGAUAUCUGACGGUACAUCUCACUUGGCAUCAAGCUCAUUGCGAUGCAUACAGGCUGUUUCUCUCAGGCUACCGUGAAGCGGCUUCUGACGCUGUUCUAUCAUCCUGCCAACCUGCACGCAUCACCAUGGGUGCUAGACUUUGCCUUUAUCACGCUCGGGCGAAUAUUGCGAUUAUGGAGGAUCUUUCGAUGCUUGGAGAUGUGAUGCGAGUGAAUCACCAUAUACUGGCUAUCUGCGCUUACCACGCAAGUCGCCUGAUUCUAUUCCUGAGUAGGUCUUCAUUGAUCCCCUCAGAGUCCAAUCUCACACCGCAAGAAGCAUGUCAACAUGCUUCUCAAGUUCUGGAAUUGCUCAAAUGUUUGUACAAACACUCAGCUGUAGAGCAGUACAUCAUCAAGGAUCUAGAGUCAUUGAUCCAGUUGCACGUAGCUGGCAAGACUGACGACCGACAAGAAUCGCCUGAACAUGGUAAUGGCGAUAGUCAACAGCCCCGCUUCGCUGUAACGGUUCGGAAGCACAAAAGCCUGGGCAUACAUAGUGUGCUACAACGAGCAGGAUUUGUUGACGAUAGUGCGGAGGCUGGGAUACCCUGCGAGCAACAUGCAACCCAGACUCAGUCAGCUGUCCCAGAUCCAGAUUUGAUCCGAGGAUCACACGAGAUGGAAACUCGGCAAGAAAUCGGCUCAGCCACCGACGGUCACCUGGGAUUAGACAUCCUGAUGCAAGCCGCUAUGGGACCCAGUCCAGGCGCACAACUGAUGGACAUCCCAAUUGAGCCUUUUAGUCUCGUUCCUUGGGAUGCACUAAACGAGUGGCCAUAUCAAAGUAGUUUUUCGCCGAGGUCCGAUGAGGACUACUUUUGA